ACCGGUCACCGGUCACGUUCGGCGGCCGACGUGCGAUCCUUAGCAAAGGAAUACACGUACGAGAGAGGGGCUGCUCGAUAAAUACAGUCGCGCGGACGCUUCCGAGGCAGUCGUGGCAGCGUGCACCUCCCUUUCAAUAUGAGGACGCUGGCGAUCACGUUAUGGUUGGCGUUGGCCGUAGUGGCGUCCGUCGCGGUCCCACUCAAAGACGAGCAAGAGAACGGCGAACUUUCUCGGGACAAACGGUCCCCCACAGACUGGCACUCACCUCCAGAAGGAGUUUGGGAGAAGAAACUCGUCUGGAAGGAAGAGUACAAAAAAAUUUGGGUCGACAAAAAGAAGCUCGUAUGGAAAGUGGAGUGGCGAAAGACUAAAGUCCCGAAAUGGAUAACUGAGAAAAAACAAGAGUGGCAUGAAAAACAAGUUCCUGCUUAUAAAGUUGUCAAAAAACCCAUUUGGAAGGAGAUCAAGGUACCCAUUUGGCGCGAUAUCAAGGUACCCGAUGUCAAGAAAUAUUACAAGCCCGUUUGGAAGGUCAUACAAGUGCCCGUGACUAAAACUAUCCAAGUUCCCGUCUACAACAAGAAGUUUGUGCCGGAGUGGGUAAAAGAAGGCGUUCCAGGAGAAAAGUAUUUAGGUAAAGACGAGCACGGAUGGGAAUACACCAGUCACGACUUAUGGCGUAAAAAAUUGAUCUGGAAACCCAUUUGGGUCAAAUCCUUCAAAACGGAACAUAAGCAAGAGUGGGUUGAUGAGAAAAAACUCGAAUGGAAGGAAGAAUGGAAAAAAGUGUGGAGAUGGGAGAAAAAGCAAGAAUGGGCGAUAGAGAAAAAGCAGGAGUGGGUCGAAGAGAAAGUGCAAAUAUGGAAAACUGUCAAAACGGAAGUGUGGGUGCCCGUCCAAAAGAAAAUUUGGGUUGAGAAAUGGCAUCAAAUUAACGUCCCGGUGUGGAAAACUGAACAAGUCCCAGCGUGGAAAAAGGUCUACAAGCCUGUAUGGCAAAAAGUAUGGGUAAAGAUUCACCACGAACACCACGACCACCACGACCACCACGACCACCACGAACACCACGAUGAACACCACGGAUGGGAUAAAUAGUUUGUUUGCACACCGACUACGUUAUUUUGUACAUAUAGAGAUACCUACGGUGUAGUCGAGAGUCACUUGUUGUUAGUGGUGAGAGCCAAGAUGUUAAUGUUGAGUGUUUUGUAAAUAGCGUUACGGAUUUCUUUAACUACUAGUAAUGAUGGUAAGUGGCAAGCAGAAGCUUCAGGCGUACGCCAACGCGAAUGCUCUCUUUUAAGGCCAUUGCUAUAAAUUCCGCUUGCGAAUGUCAAUUUGGUAUCAAGUGCGCCUUUAGCCGUGCUCUUUUAAUUUUGUAUUUGAUAUAAUGAUUAUUAUUUAUUCACAAAAUUAAAAGAUCACUUUGGCAAAAAUGUUGCUUACCAUGUUAUUGUUUAAUUAAGUCAAUUAUUGUUAAAUAUGAAAAUGCUGUACAGUCAUAAUUCAUUUGAUUUUUACAAACGAUUUAUGAUUGCACCAUGUUCAACCACGAAGAAGACGUUGCGGUCAGUUUUCAUAUUUUCAUGGUAACUUACCCAAAAUCGGAAAAUGAAGAAAACGCGAAAGUGUCAAAGUAUCAAAUAUAGAAGUCUCAAAUGCCCAGAACGGGUAUGUGAAAUUAUAUCAUUUAAGUAAAUUUUGAGUUCAAACUGAGUCAAUAUAAUAUUUAGAUACUUUUAUUUGCCAAAAUGUUGUAAUUUAAUAUUUUGAUAUUUGUCACUUUCCGCAAGGAGAGGCUAACCAAAAAUAAAAUCGGCUAUGUUGAUUCUGUCAUCUAUCUGACUGUCCCACAUCAGUGCUACGAGUGCAUUCCGAACAGAGUCAUGAACAACGACCGUCGAACACGUGCGCCGCUGUCGCCGGUGAUCUACGUUUAGUUUCGCUCUUAUUUAUUACUUACGUACAGUUUAAUUUGCAUAUUUUGAUAAAUUAGAAAGAUCCAACGCAUCAGUCGUUACUUUCAAAAGACAUCUUUUAUUUUUACAAACAUAAUUUGAUUCAUUGACUGUGUGUUUUAUGAUCCGGAAGAAAUUAAUUUGAAACUGUGCAUCCUUUAUUAACGUAAAACGCAAGGGCCAGGUAACUGACGGAGCCCGUAUUUUUCUUUAACGACUGAUUAACGGUCAACACGUGUUGUUUGUUGAGGCGAUCACACAAAGGUGCUGUAAGUCCGCGUUCGUCGUUCAGUGUGCUGAUGCACUCGUACUGCACGACUGAUGCCAUUGAGCGAUCUAUCGAUACCAUUAUGAUACAAAGUACAAUGUUGAUUUUAUGUUUUUAAAUAUAUACGAACAGGUUGAAGAUAAUAAAGAAAAUAAAUAUAUA